UCCCCAUUUGCACUUUUCCGCGACAGCUUACCUUAAAACGCUCACCCAUGCUUUCCACCUGUCCUAUCUUAUCCAAUUUCUCUCCCUUUACCAAACUUACUCAAUCUCCUACAUCCGCUCCUAUCGUAAUCCCUCUAACCAACCUCCCAAAUGGCCAAAUAUUUUAUACUGUCGCCACAUAUCGUAAAAAGUCCCAACGAGCCUAAACUUUUAGAUCGCAGAUGAUAAUUCCCCACCUCCAUUCAGAAGAAGUAAUAGAGGAGUUUUUUUUACUCUCCAUUUACCAAAAGCCUUCAUCUUCUUUGAGAGAUUCUCCAUUUUGUCAUGGCGACAGCUCUUGCAUGCUCUUUCUCAACCCCAAUCCGGGCCUCAUCCGGAUCACUUAAAAAACCGGAUCCAAGUCGUAAAAAACACGUUUCUUCCUCCUCCUGGUGGAGCCCUCUCUUCGGGUGGUCUUCCAACCCCGAUUACCUUAACGAUAGCAAUGCUGGUCAUCCAUCGGAGAGCAAGCCAGAAGUUUCCGAUUCUGAGUCGGGUUCGGGUCGAUCCAGAUCCAGAUACACGCUCGGGUGUUUCACCGAGGAGAAGGCGAAGCAACUCCGAAGAAAGACGAUGGAGAACGCGUCGUUUCACGAUAUGAUGUACCACUCGGCGAUCGCGUCUCGUCUGGCGUCCGAUGUCUCGGCUUGGCCUGAGAAGUGAUUGAAGCCUAAUAAUUGUCGGGUACGGGUCAAAAUACUUUGUCGAAAUGAAAAUCUAUGUAGAAUCCUACGUUCCUUUUUUUUUAAGUUCGUUGGAAUUCUAGGUAAUGUUUCUGUCAGGUGUGAGCACAGACGAUUGAUUUUGUUUUGUAAUAUUGAUUUUAGACCGUUGGAUCGUUGAUGCAUUGUCUUUUUGGCUAUGCUCUUCUGAUUUCAUUUGUCGGUGAACUCCUUCCGUCGUCAAUAAAUUUGCAAUGAGUUUAAAUAAUGGUGAAUAUUUUGUAAAAAUGUUCGAAGUGAUAUAUAUAGUGAUUGUUUUGUAAAAAUGUUAGAAAUGAUAUAUGUGGGAAUUAUUGUUCCAA